CAUACAUUAUCCCAGACCUUUGCUUCUGUCUCCUUCUUCUUCUUACAUUCUCUCUUUUUUUCUACAAACAGAGGAAAACAACCAAGAGAUGAGGGGGGCUGAGUCGUUAGUUACCUUAAACCACAAGAUUCUCAGACCAUGUAGGAAACUCCUGAUCAGAAUCACCAAGAGCUGUCCCCGACGCCAUAACCGGCAUUUAAAACUCAAGAAAGCCUCUUCUUCUUCUUCUACUGCUUCAGGGAACAAGGUCACCAAAGUGGUGGCUUUAUUCUUCCUCUCCUUCCAUAAGAAGAAGCAGAAGAAAGAAAAGAUGAAGCGGCUUAACGAACUCAGGAGCUUCUCGCACGCAGUCAAUGACCAGAAGAAGAAGGCACCAAAGCAAGAAUCAAGCAAGAAAGUUUUCCCAUCAAGACUCACAAUGUCUUGGCUAGGUCAAGGAAAGGGUAAUAACAACAACACGCAGGAAGUCCCUCAAGAACAUGAUGCACGUAGAGACAGCACAAGCGCAUUCAUUCCUUGAUUUUCAAACCUGACCCUCGAGGUCAAAAACUAUUCGAUUUCAACUUGAUUAUGUGGAUAUUUCAAUCUGCAGUUAUUGACAUUGAGAGCCUACACAAAGAUAUCUAUUUAAGCGAUACUCUCUAACGCAAGAUCAAUCGUUUGUUUGCAUUGUGAAAGUUAAACGAGAUUGAUUCAUUAUUUGCAUAUGAUUUUUGUAAUGGAGUUAAAUAUAAUAUUAGAAUCAUCAUCAAAAUAAACGAUUGUAAUAUCAAGAAUCCAAAUAAUAUAGGAAACAGAAAGAUAAGAAGAUAGACAUUGAAAAUUUAUACAUCUAUCCUACAAGCACGGACCAAUUGCUUCAU